AGCUCGCCAGUAGUUAUUAGCCUGUGCCGUUGCGUGCACUUCUACAAAGGAAACUCGUCCAGGAAGGGGCUCUUAACUGCUCUCGCAUUUCGACAGCCUAAAACAGUUAUAACAACUUUGAUGGAAUCGCUGGAUCACCUACUGGCGUGCUGAGGCGGGCUGUAGUUUGGUGCUGGUCUCGCAACGGCCACACCUCUGCGCAGCGCUGUGAGCUUGCCAGCAGGAUCAGCAGCAUGUCUUCGCCCGAAGACGGAAGCCCGGCUACAGCAGACGCAAUUGAGGUGGAGGAGGAGUAUGGUCUGGAAGAGGAACUCAUCUACCAUGACGACGAGGCUCUGCUGGACGACUUCCCCGAUGACGGCAUGGAGGAUGCGCAGGAUGAAACAACUGACGUGAAGGCAGCGGCGGGCGAGGGAAAUGCAGCUGCAGGUGACAGAAAAGAGCCGGCGGACUCGUACCGUCGGGGAGCCUCACCGCGCAGCUCGGACCGCGACAGCGAUGGCGAUGGCGCUGCAGCUCAGCGCAGCCCCUCCCCUGAUGGCGAUGUGGGGCGUAGCCGUGACGAAGACGGUGUGGCGGCCGGUAGGGAGGGUGCUGGCAGCGGCCGUCGCCAGGCGGCGCAGGAGGGGGGCCGUGGCGGCGACGCUGCCCCGGACCGUGACCGUCAGCGGGACCGCCAUGACCGCGACAGUGACCGCGACCGGGACCGGGACCGGGAUGCUGAGCGUGACCGGGAGCGCGAGCGUGCUGGCGGCGACGCCCAGCGCGGGCGCGACGCCGUAACUGACGACCGACAGCGGGACCGCGACUAUGAACGUGACCGCGAACGGGAGCGCGAGCGCCAGCGGGAGCGAGAGCGGGAUUGGGACCGGCGCGGCGGUGCUGGUGGCGGCGAUGGCGGCGGCGCAGCCGCCGCUGAUCGCAGGCCGAGCCGGGAGCGUGAGCUGGACCGUGAACGCGAGCGGGAGCGGGAGCGGGAGCGGGACCGGCUCGAGCGUGACGACCGGGAGCGCGGCCGCCCGGCACCUGCGCCGCGUGCGGCGGACGACCGCCGUGACCGCUACAUCGAUGACCGGGAGCGCGAGCGCGAGCGGGAGAAGGAGCGCGAGCGGGAGAAGGAGCGCGAGCGGGAGAGGGAGCGGGAGCGGGAGCGCUACCCAGCAGCAGAGCCCGGGCCUCGUGUUGGUGGCGGCGGUGGCGGCGGCAGUGGCGGCUAUGACCGGGAGCGGCCGCGGGAGCGGGAGCGGCCAGCGGACUGGGAGCGCGACAGGGAGCGGGAGAGGGAGCGGGAGAGGGAGCGGGACCGUCAGCUGCCGCCACGGCCGGAGCCUCGUGACCGUAUGCCAGAACGCGAGCGUGACCGGGACCGGGACCGGGAGCGCGGCGGCGCGGCUGGUGGCAGCGGUCGCUUUGGGCCGGGCAUGGGCGGCGGCGGCGGCGCUGGCGGCAGCCGGCCGCAUUCGCGCGGCACCUCGCCGCCGCUGACGGCGCCGCCGCCAGCAGGGGCGCCGGCGCCCGGUGGCGAGCCACGUACCGCACGGGCGCCGUAUGGCCCUCCCAACAUGUGGCGCGAGGAGGCGCCGCCGCCCAGGCCGCGCGAUCCGGCGGCGGCUGCAGGCGGCUCGCCUGCCUCGCAGCCGCCUCGCGCCCGCGCACCCAGCUAUGGCGACGCUCGGGAGCGAGACCGGGAUUUGGGGCGGGAGCUGCCGCCGGCGGCGCUGGUGCAGCGGCCUCUGCCUAUGGACAUUGACCGGCGGCCGCCGGGCUGGGAGCGCGAGCGGGAGCUGCUGGCUGGGCCGCCGCUGCUGCACGGGCCACCGCCGCUUGUGCCGCUUCCUAUGGACAUAGACCGGCGGCCCCUGCUGCCGCCCGGCGGCAUGGCGGGGGCGCCGCCGCCUGUCCCCAUGGACAUUGGCCGCCGGCCGCCGCCGGCCGUUGCCCGUGACGAACCCCACCGCGACUGGCCGCCGGGCGCUGGCGGCCCGCCGCCGCCGGGGCCGUAUGGUGGGCCGCUGCCGCCGCGGGACGACCGGGAGCGCGACCGGCAUCGGGACUGGGAGCGUGAUCGGGAGCGCGAACGCGAGCGGGAGCGGGAGAGGGAGCGUGGGAAGCCGUAUGACGCCCGGCCGGCGGCGGGGCGCGGCGGUGAGCUGGAGCGUGUCGGCAGCAGUGGCCGGUACGACCAGCGGCCGGGGGUAACGGCGGACCGCGGGAGAGACUAUCGCGACGCCGCGGGACCUGGGGGCUCCGGCGUGCCACCGCCGGCGGGCUACCGCGGCCGUGAGGACUCGCCAGCGCAGCGCGGCGGCGGUGGCGGCAGUGGGGGGUACCGGGAUGAGCGUGACCGUGACCAGCCGCCGCCGCGGCGGCCGGAGCGGAUGGACUUUGACCGGCAGCCGCUGGAGCACAGGCGGGAGCCGGCAGCUGCGGCGGCGCCGCCGCGGGACCGCGAGCGCGACUCGCUCGAGCGCGAGCGCGAGCGUGAGCGUGAGCGCGAGCGGCGGCAGCACCCGCCUCGGGAUGAGGAGGCCUGGCGUCGGCCGGAGCGGCUGGACGGUGAUAGGCUGGAGCCAGCCGGCAGCGGUGGCGGUGGCGGCGGUGACCGUGGUGGCGGAGAGCGGGAUUCGCGAGAGCGGGAGCGCGAGUGGAGCCGCGACAGGGAGCGCGAACGCGAGCGCGAGCGGCCGCGGUCACCCGGGGACGACAUGCGGCGUAUUGCUAUGGAGCGGAGCGCGGCGGCCGCAGCGGCUGCGGGCGGCGGGGGUGCGGAGGGUGACGGCGGUGACGGCUCCGCCCCCCGUGCCAGCCGGGCGCCGUUGUUCGUGGGCGGGGGCUUGAGGCGGACCACGUCACACGUGCCGCUGCAGCAGCAGCCGUCGCAGCCGGAGGCCGGGAGGACGGCGCCGGAGGCGGGCAGGGCGGAGCGCUCACCUGAGCGGCGGGACCGUGGGGCGGAGACUGAGCAGCGGUACCGUGACCGUGAGCGUGAGCGUGAUUACGGCCGGGAUGCGGACCGCGGCCAGGAGCGGGCGCAUGGGCAGGAGCGGCAUGAGGAGCGCGAGGGGCGUGAGCCCAGGCGCGAUGAGGCCAUGGAGGUGGAGGACGAGGGUCGCCGCCGCCGCCGCCACCAGGAGGAGCAGCAGCGUCAGGAUGCCGACCGUGGGCAGGGCCGUGACACGCAUGGCCGGGAGCAGCAGCACCCGCGUGAGCAUCGGGAGGCGGGCGCGGAGGCGCAGGACAGCCGCCACGACACGCAGCAGCACCAGCAGCACCACCACCACCACCACCACCACCGCCACCAGGAGCGCGGGCCAGAUGCAUGGGGCGGGAGUGGGGGAGCGGCGGAGCGCAGCGCCCCGGCAGAGCGCCAGGAGCAGGAGCAGGAGCAGGAGCGGGAGGAGGGCGAGGCGGGCCAGGAGGAACGGGGCCCGGCGAUGGAUGUGGAUACGGGCGACCGCGCACCACUGGGCGCCGACGGGGCGGCGGCGGCGGCGGAGCUGGAGGCAAUCGCUGCGGCCGCGGCGGUCGCGGCGCCCGCCGCAAGGGGCCGCUCGAGGUGGGGAGAUGCCGAGGAUAAGCCCGCCGGGGCCGAUGAGGCUCGGCACAUGGUCCUGGCCACUGUUGUUGCGGAGGCGGAUGUGGAGAUGCGCGACGCGAAGGCAGCCACUGGUGAAGCUGCACCUGCAGCUGCGGCGGCGGGGGCCACAGCUGCGUCGGCGGCGGUUCAGGCUGCGAAGCCGUACGGCGCUGGUGCAGCGGCGGAGGCGCCUGCUGGGAGGGCUGACGGUGCCGGGGCAGAUGUGGAUGCGGCUUCGGCGGGUCGCGGCGCCGGGAGCGGUGAAGGUGGUGGCGCCGGCGGCAAGCGGCCUGCUCUUGACUGGGAGAGCUUUGAGCGAGUCAAGCGAGAGUUUGAUGCGCGCGUCAAGCAGCAAGAGCAGCAGCCCGCAGACGCGCGCGGUGGCGGCGGCCGCUCGCGCGACGACGAGCGGCAGUGGCAGCUACAGCCCAACGGGAACAGCCGCGGCGACGGGCGCGCCGGCGCCGGCAGUUACGGCGACAGAGGCGCCGGUGCCGACCGGGGCGGCGGUGGUGGCGACCGCGGUGGCUACGGCGCACGUGGCGACCGCGGUGGCUACGGCGCACGUGGCGACGAACCGCCGCGGGCACGCGAUGACGACGACCGGAGAGUGCCACCGCCGGCGCGGGGCCCUGGCGCCGAUGGCCGGCGCGAUUCGCCAUACGAUGACCGGCGGGCGGCGCAGCCGCCGCCGCCGCCGGCAGCAGCACGGGGUGCUGGCGCCAGUGACGGCAGGCGCGAUGACGUAGCGGAUGAGCGGUGGCGGCGGCCAGGGCCGACAGCAGCGGCGGCGGAGCCGCCGCGCCGCCGUGACGACGUCCAGGAGCGCCGUGGCGGCGGCGGCGGUGGUGGCGCGGCGCUGGCAGGGUCUCUGUCAGGGCCGCCGCCGCCGCGCCGUGACGGUUACGACGACCGGGAGCGCGACCGGGAGCGGGAGCGGCGGGACGCGCCGCCACCCAUGCGCCGGGAUGACUACGGCCAUGAGCAGCAGCGGGACAAGCGGCCGCUGCCGACAGGCCAGGGGCAGGGGCAGGGAGGGGGCGAGGGCAGACGCCCGGAGCCCCCGCGCGUUGAUCGAGCGCCGCACAUUGAUGGCGACCGCGACCGCGAGCAUGAGCGGGGGCGGCACUGGGACAGGGAGCGGGAGCGCCGUGGCCCGCCGCUGCCGCAGCCGUCGUCGGGCGGCUCGCAGCUGCAACCCGGGAGCGGCGGCAGUGGGGGCUCGUGGCGAGAGGAGCCACGCGGCGAGCGUGUAGCUGCGGCUCCUGCCGCCGACCGCAGGCCCCAGGAAUCGCGCGAAGCGGAUCGAACCCGAGACGCAGACCGUGAUAGAGUCCGGGAGCGGGAGCGGGAGACGUACCGCGACCGUGCUGGGGAGGAGGACCGGCGAGGUGUUGCUGGAGGAGGUGGGGCUGGCGGCAGCGGCGGCUGGGAGCGCGGCGGCGGCCGAGGAGGCGCUUGGGAAGGCAUCAGGCCACGGUCUCGGGACGCCUCGCCGCCCGGCGGCGCCAAGCGCCAACGCACCACGCCGCCGCCCUCCUACGAGCCCGGCAGCAACCGUGACCGAGACCGGGAGCGCGAACGGGAGCGGGAGCGGGAGCGGGACCGGGAGCGGGAGCGGGACGGGCGGGCGCCGCAACAGCAGCCACAGCAUCAGCAGCCCGACCCGCAUGCCAGCGCUGACAUAGUCCGAGCCAUGAUGGCGCCACCAUCCGGCGGCGCCGCGGGGCCCAGUGCAGGGCGCGCGGGGCCGCCGCCGCCUCCGCAAGCUGCUGGCGGCGCCGGCGCGCUGACGGCGGAGCAGAAGCGCAAGCUGCUGUGGACCACCAAGAAAGUGGAGGCGGCGGUGCAGCCGGGUGAACAGUCGGUGUACGGUGCCAACCGCUGGGACCGGGCGGCCGGCGCGCUGGACAGCGACCGCGACAAAGAGAAGUUUGCGCACCUCAUGGGCAUCAAGGCUGAAUUGGCACAGGUGGUGGGGCCGGCACCGCGCCCGCCCUCGCCCGGCUCCGAGGCGCACCUGGCCAUGACACGCGAGCAGCAGGCCCAAGUGCUUCGCGAUGUGGAGCAGCAGUACGUGCGGGGGAGGCUACGGAGCAAUGCGACCACUGGACUGGGGUUGUAGGACCGUGCCGAAUUGCCGAUGUGCGGUGUGCUGAGCUGUAGGCGUGGACGUAUUUGCUCACGUGUGCGUGGCGUGGUGUGGCGUGCGGCGCGAGCUGCGACUGUGCAAGUGUGAUACGUUUACAAUGAAGGGAGUCAGGCAGGGAUGAAUAGCGUAGUAUAGGACAAGAGGGUGUGCAGAUGUUGUGGUUUCAGGGAUGCGAUGCGGCGAAGUCAUUAUUUAGGUACUGUUUUGUACGGAAUACGGUAGCGCGCGCGUGUGGAGGAAAAAUGCACGUGGGGUAAUUCGCUUCCCAUGAGAGGCGCACGGCACUUGCACUGCAAUUUGCUGACCCCACCGGACCCGAAGCCAACAGCAGCAUGAACAGACGUCUACUGCG